AAAAGAAAGAAAAAAAGAAAAAGAAAAAAAAAAGCACAAUCCUUUGAGAGGAGGGGUAAUUGAGUUUAUCCGUUUUUGCCAAGGUUUUGAUAAACGGUUCGAUGUCUUGUACGUUUGAUAUAAGAUGAGAACUUUCUAAAGUAUUCCGUCCAACAGCCUAAGGAUGACUACCCCAGCGCUGCUGCCCCUGUCUGGUCGUAGGAUACCGCCUCUGAACCUGGGGCCGCCCUCCUUCCCACACCACAGGGCUACCUUGAGACUCUCCGAGAAGUUUAUCCUUCUCCUUAUUCUUAGUGCCUUCAUCACCCUGUGUUUUGGGGCAUUCUUCUUCCUUCCAGACUCUUCAAAACACAAACGCUUUGAUCUGGGCUUAGAAGAUGUGUUAAUUCCUCACGUAGAUGCCGGCAAAGGGGCUAAAAACCCCGGAGCCUUCCUGAUCCAUGGACCCGACGAACACAGACACAGGGAAGAAGAAGAACGUCUGAGAAAUAAGAUCAGAGCUGAUCAUGAGAAGGCCCUGGAAGAAGCAAAAGAAAAAUUAAGAAAGUCAAGAGAGGAAAUCCGUGCAGAAAUUCAAACAGAGAAAAGUAAAGUAGCCCAAGCAAUGAAGAUAAAGGAGACCAGGGUACUGCCAGCUGUCCCUGUGCCUCAGCGUGUAGGAGUCAGUGGUGGAGACCCAGAAGACACUGAGAUAAGGAAGAAAAGAGAAAAAAUUAAAGAGAUGAUGAAGCAUGCCUGGGAUAAUUACAGAACAUAUGGAUGGGGACAUAAUGAGCUCAGACCUAUUGCAAGGAAAGGGCACUCCACUAACAUAUUUGGAAGUUCACAGAUGGGUGCCACCAUAGUGGAUGCGUUGGAUACCCUUUAUAUCAUGGGACUUCAUGAUGAAUUCAUGGAUGGGCAAAGAUGGAUUGAAGACAACCUUGAUUUCAGUGUGAAUUCAGAGGUGUCUGUGUUUGAAGUUAACAUUCGGUUUAUCGGGGGCCUCCUCGCCGCAUAUUACCUAUCCGGAGAGGAGAUAUUCAAGACUAAAGCAGUGCAGUUGGCUGAGAAGCUCCUUCCUGCCUUUAACACACCUACUGGCAUUCCCUGGGCAAUGGUGAAUCUGAAAAGUGGAGUAGGUCGGAACUGGGGCUGGGCGUCAGCAGGUAGCAGCAUUCUGGCUGAAUUUGGCACACUGCAUAUGGAGUUUGUCCACCUCAGCUACCUGACUGGUGACUUGAUUUACUACAAAAAGGUCAUGCACAUUCGAAAACUACUCCAGAAAAUGGAACGCCCAAAUGGUCUUUAUCCAAAUUAUUUAAACCCACGUACAGGGCGCUGGGGUCAGUAUCACACAUCGGUUGGUGGUCUGGGAGAUAGUUUUUAUGAAUACUUACUGAAAGCAUGGCUGAUGUCAGAUAAGACAGACCAUGAGGCAAGAAGGAUGUAUGAUGAUGCUGUUGAGGCUAUAGAAAAACAUCUUAUCAAGAAAUCCCGAGGAGGUCUUGUCUUCAUUGGAGAAUGGAAGAAUGGACACUUGGAAAGGAAGAUGGGGCACUUGGCCUGCUUUGCUGGGGGGAUGUUUGCACUUGGAGCAGAUGGUUCCAGGAAGGACAAAGCUGGCCACUAUCUAGAACUAGGGGCAGAAAUUGCACGAACAUGUCAUGAGUCAUAUGACAGAACUGCAUUAAAACUAGGUCCUGAGUCCUUCAAGUUUGAUGGUGCAGUGGAAGCUGUGGCUGUGCGGCAAGCUGAAAAGUAUUACAUCCUCCGUCCAGAAGUAAUCGAAACCUAUUGGUAUCUGUGGCGUUUCACCCACGACCCAAGAUACAGGCAGUGGGGCUGGGAAGCAGCACUGGCUAUUGAAAAGUAUUGCCGAGUCAGUGGUGGGUUCUCCGGAGUCAAGGAUGUGUACUCCCUCACUCCGACACAUGAUGACGUGCAGCAGAGCUUCUUUCUUGCUGAGACGUUAAAAUACUUGUACCUACUGUUCUCUGGCGAUGACCUUCUACCUUUAGACCACUGGGUGUUUAACACAGAGGCUCACCCUCUUCCCGUGUUACGUUUAGCCAACAGCACUCUUUCAGUAAAUAAUGGGACACACUGGAGUGAACAAGAACAAAGGAGCAGUGUAAUUACAUCAGUAGCAAGAAGACUUGGAGAAGAAACAGAUACUGUCCCUGUCUGAAUAUUCAAGCUCCCUAUUGGAUUUUUACCAGACUGGUAACCAUUUCACUACCAACAUAGUUCAUUGAAAUCUGUUUAGAUUUAGUUUAUCUCUGGGAGGGCAUAACCUCAUGAAGAAUACUUUUCAAGUCUUUUGUCUCCAUAUGGUAUGCUGAAACUGGUAUUUAUCAUAACUGCUGCUUAUGAGCCCGAGUGUGGGAGUGUGCAUGUAGCUCACGCUAGUAUGGGUAGCAUGCAGAAGGUAGGGAAGGUGCCAGUUUGUUGCCUUGAAACCUGUUCUAAAGAAUCUUUGAUUUUGUUGGUAGGAAAUUAUUCUUCUGAACCAGCAAGUCUAUCAAGCAAAGAAACCUGCUUUAAUCACGUAACACAGUUAGAGUUGUUCACCUUACAGCUUUAUGUGGCUUGGUAGAAUUCACUCUUAACUGUCAUGCAGCUCUGCCUUUGCUAGAACAAGCUGAGUCGCUUUCACAAGGCACUAAAGCAGAAGCAGACAUCUCAACGUCCCUCAGCAAGGGGCAGGUCCCUUAAUUACCUCACAUGUGUGAGCUACUCACAAAGAUUUUAUGUUUUUAAGUUUCUCCAAGAAUAUUAUAUAUCCAAAGAACUAAUAGAAUAGUUUCAAAAUAAUUUCCAGUGGGAAAUGUGUGAUAUAAUUAAUCAUACUCACUAAAACUGGCAUAAACCUAAGGAACUUACAGAUAUUGUGGGUUUUUUGUUGUUAUUGCUCAAUACUUUGGCAAAAAAGAGUAAAAUUUUAUCAAAAACUAUAAGGUAAAUAGUAAUACUUAUAAAAAUUUUUGUCCCUUGAAUUUCUAUGACAAGACACUCUCCCUCCUUUUCAUUUAGUACAGACAUCAUUUAUUGAUGAUAAUAGAACUUGAGAACACUAUAAUCUAAUAUUUGCUCUGAAUUUGAAUAUUUGAUGGAACAGUUUGUUCAUGAGCUCUGCUUUGGAAUUUUGAAAGCUUAUUUCCUUGGUUGGUAGCUUUUCUUUUUAGCUCUCUACUAGCAUAUAACAGACUUCAAUUGUGGGAAAAGUCAAUAUAAUCAGACAUACAAGGGUGACCAUGUUCUACUGAAAUCAUCUGUCCUCAGAGUUGAGCCAGUGCUCCAUGAGCUCGCCACCUCACACUUGUUCAGUAUUCAUAGAAGACAACAUGGAGAGAGCGAGUUCUAGCACAUUUCAGAAUUGUAAUAUCUUUUCCUACUUGAAAUUUUUAAAAUGUAAAUGAAAAAGGUAGAUCGCUAUUACUUUAAAGAGAAAGAGAAGGUUUUGAUUCUCAGAAGAGAAAAAAGUGAGCCUUCUAAAAACAGCACAAGCCCACUCACAAGUCAAGAUGAAAUGAAAGCUGGAGGUGGCAGAGACCAGAGCAGCACGUCAGUGUAGUGAAGGCGCCAUCUUGGUUCCCCAGGAAUUCUCAGAGGAGACAAAAGAGCAUCUCCCACCCCCACCCAGUGCUCUUGUUGUUCACAUGAGCCUAGAGCAUAAGAGAAGGUGUGGGUGUGUGCAGGGCAUGGUUCACGUGAAGAUCUGAAGACUGUUGUUUUAACACCCCGACUUUGUGAUGAGAACUCGAGCUUACGACAAUGCUUUUUCUUCUCUGAAUACCAAAGGCAUUAAAGUCAGGUGUAAAUGA